CACACACACAUACAGCUGGAAUAUUUCAAUAUCCUUUAUUUGGCUGCUCCCACACGAGAUUAGGUGGGUUGAAAACAAAAUAAAGGCAGCACAAUGCGCUCUGAGUGAUGACGCGCAGUCCGACUUGCAUUUGUUAUUCAUGAAGUUUAAAACAGCACCCACAAGUGUCGAUCAAUCUCCUCCAGUUUGUGUGCCCACUCCACUCGUGCGUCAGCGAGUGCGCACGGCGUCCAGCGAAUGCCGCUGCUGCUCUCAGAGCCUCACUCAACAGGCAUUUACGCACACUUGCACGUCUGGAUCAGUCGCCUGCCGACGAGAAAUUAUACGGGAGACAUCAUUCGGAUGGGAUGGCUAUGUUUAGUUAUGCUUGUGGUCCUGUUGCGCACCGUGGUACCUAAAUCUCUGCAGUCCCAUUUUGUCCCGCGUCUGUCUUGGUAGCUCCAUUUUUUUUUCUUUUUGGAAAGGAGACAAGAAUGGCAGCUUCCCACAACGGAUCGAACCUUACAUCAAACUACACGAACCAGUUUGUGCAGCCGCCGUGGCGCGUCGCCCUCUGGUCCGUCGCCUACAGCUCGGUGCUGGCCGUGGCCGUGUUCGGCAAUCUUAUCGUCAUUUGGAUCAUUUUGGCUCAUAAACGCAUGAGGACGGUGACCAACUACUUUCUCCUCAACUUGGCCUUCUCGGACGCCUCCAUGGCCGCCUUCAACACUUUGAUCAACUUCGUCUACGCGACCCAUGGGGAGUGGUACUUUGGGGAGGCUUACUGCAAAUUCCACAACUUCUUUCCGGUCACGUCCGUGUUUGCCAGCAUUUACUCCAUGACUGCAAUCGCCGUGGACAGGUACAUGGCCAUUAUCCACCCACUAAAGCCUCGUUUGUCAGCCAAGGCCACCACCGGAGUCAUUGCCUGCAUCUGGAGUCUGGCCGUGGUUCUGGCCUUUCCUCUCUGCUACUUCUCCAGAAUUCGAGUUCUGCCUCGCAGGACCUUGUGCUUUGUGGCGUGGCCCCGUGUGGAAGACGACCCUGUCAUGUACCACAUCAUAGUGACGGUGCUGGUCUAUGUGCUGCCUUUGGUGGUGAUGGGCAUCACCUAUUCUAUUGUGGGAGUCACACUGUGGGGAGGGGAGAUACCUGGAGAUUCGUCUGACAACUAUCACGGACAACUGCGAGCUAAGAGAAAGGUGGUGAAGAUGAUGAUCAUCGUCCUGGUGACCUUUGCACUCUGCUGGCUGCCCUAUCAUAUCUACUUCAUUGUAACGGGCCUCAACAAGCAUCUGGUCAAGUGGAAGUCCAUCCAGCAAGUUUACCUGUCUGUGCUGUGGCUGGCCAUGAGCUCCACCAUGUACAAUCCUAUUAUCUAUUGUUGCCUGAACAGCAGGUUUCGUGCUGGCUUCAAGCGAGCUUUUCGCUGGUGCCCUUUCAUCAAGGUGUCCAGCUACGACGAGUUGGAACUUCGCGCGACCCGGCAGCACCCCAUGCGGCAGAGCAGCAUGUACACGCUCUCCAGAAUGGACACCACCAUGGUCGUGGUUUACGACUCUGCCGAUGGUGAUGGCAGCGGCUCCGGAAGGAAGUGGUCACUAUCCUCCAGGAAGAAAAGCUACAUCACGUCUCGCCACACAACUGCCUCAUGCAGCAUUGGAAGCAUAAAAACCCCAAAUGGCGGCACCGCGACUCCUCAAACUGAGCAAUUCUCUUGAGUGGUACUGUAAUUUCUUGAGAAUACCACGCGCUUGUAUUAAUAGUGCAUACAAGUGUGUUAUACGCCCCCCCCCCUCCAUUGCCUCAUCAAAAGCUGAUUAUCCAUUGUACUCAACUAUCAGCUGCAUCACUGAUUUGCUGGGAUCCAUUAUCAAGAAGUGUUUUGUGAGUUUGGAAUUUCUUGCCAUCAGGCUUUUUUUUUUUUUUUUUCGUAAAAAAGUCGUUGCCUUACCUUGUUCACAGUUUAGGCAACACUCAAUCCUUCCUCUGAGUUGUGGCCAUUUCCUGGUGUGAGAUGAAAGCCCUCUUAACGUCACAGAAACAAAAAAAAAAUAAAUAGAAAUUCCAGAUGUGUGGCAAGUGAUGGCCAAGCAUUUGUUUGUUUUUUUUUUGCACAAAAUGUGUGUUAUUCUCAAGAAAUUACAGUUUGUAAAUACACGAAGAAACACUGACAGGCUUGUGAAAAUGUUGCACACUUGCAUGAUUCAUUAUCGGUACAAUCAAAAGUGUGUUUUACAUUUUACCCACAACUCAUAGCUCAAAUAUAACUGCACAUGAGUGCAUAAAAUUUGCCUCUUAUCAGAUUGAGUGCCUGCCGCAACGUUGAACUCCUGCUCAGCAAAAACCUUGGCCACUAAUUACCAUCAAAAUGUUAAUUAUGCCUCUAUUUUGGGAACGUCUCAACCCCGUGAUUCCAAUUAUUUGUUUGUUCUGCUUGAAUUUACACAAUCAAAACACUUCGCAUGCUUGACUGACAUGAUAUUCUCAGCGGGUUGAAUCCGACAAUCGGUCGUGGCGAUUGUAAAUACUGUAUGUAGGUAUGUCCAUGUUUAUUUUCCAGCCAUACGAAACUGUGAACUUUAUUUGACGUGUGGGACUACUGUGUUUCUCGUAAGAAAUGAAUGUCGAGUCACAACUGUUGAAUUCAUUAGCAGGUUUCUUUACAUGUAAAUGAAGGUGAAAAAGACGAAGAAUAUGUGGAGCUUUUAAACUGCUGUCUUUUUUUUUCGUUUAAAAAAAAAAAAAAAGCAGAGGGAGAAAAUAACCGGACCUUCACACAAACAUCAUUCUACUGUGCUCUGUGUACGCUGUGAUAUCAUUUUGAACCCAUCAAUUCUGAAGGUUCACAAUCAAAUGAAAAGAAUCAAGAAUGAAACCGUGCCAUGCAAUUUGAUACACGUUCUGCUCGGUCUCUGCACAAAGUAAGAAAGGAAAGCCUCUAUGUGCUGUAUCUGUUUUUUUCUGCGAUAAAUAGAUUAAAAUUCACGUUAAAAUAAAGAAAUACGUUACCAGUAAUGUUAGAGUUAAAAAGAUAGUUAUUGUUUUAAACCCUUUCAUAUACUAGAUGCACACUGCAAAAGGAGUUACAGAAAAAAAUAGUUUAUUGUUCUUGCUGUUGUCAAGCCCUUCAUUUGAGUUCUGAAUGUUAUGAGACUUCUUGAAAGUAUAGGCACCAGAAUGUGAAGUCAAAUGUAUUUAUGUUUCACGUUUUGUUUUUAUUUUCUUUGAAUGUGAUUUGAUGUUUUGUUUGAAUGUUGAAGUAUACUGUGUGUCUUUCUGUGGUAAUUGUUUUUUUUGUUUGUUUUUGUUUUGUCCUGGAUGAUAUUGUGUUUUAUACAUUGCAAUAGUUGAUUUUUAAAAAUCAUGGCAUUUUACUUUACAGCAAGCACUGCCUUCACUUUUGCUUUUUUAAAAAUCCAUUUUUCAUUUUAAUGACUAAAUACUGUCAUAGAUUAAUAAUAACAGGUCAUAAUUUUUAAUUAGUGCUGGUACCCACAGAGAACAGUGAAUACUUUUCGAUGUACUGUAAACCACACAAUGUGUUUAUUACACCACAAGCGUUAUAUUUUCAAUAUUAUGACUUCAAAUAACAUCCACAUUCUUUAAUCAUUUUUGCCUGAAAUAUAUUUCUCAGCAUUUCAUCAUUGUACAUUCUUCAUGGUACUCAAGGCAAAAAUUAAAAGUGUAUGACCCC